AUGCCCCCUUCCAUGCUGCCGGCUGGGCCACCUGCGCCACCACCGCCUCCCCCUUCUUGCUCUUUACCCUCCACCCCUCAAGCGGCACAAGUCCUCUCUCCCUACACUGCUUCUCGUGGUGCUGACUCACAGAAACUCAUCUCUCAUUAUCGCCGCAGUCGCAGCCAAUAUCAUCCAAAUCCACCACCUUAUCGGCGCCCUAUGCCACCUCCCACCGAGUCUUCUAAAUUCUGUGGAGGGAGUAUCUCUUCAGCUCCUGAACUCUACACUAUCUGCCCCCUACCCCCGAGUGUUAGUGAGCCUUCAGACUUUGGAGAAGAGGAUGUGCCUUUCGUGAAACCGCCCUCAGCUACUACUGUUCUGGGAACUCCGGAAAUAUUGAAUGAACCUGAAGACCAAGACGAGGCAUUAAUCGACGGUGGGGACGAGAAUGAGGACACUGAUUUCGAGAGCUUUGUUGUCACUGGCACUGAAGGUGAAGAGGUUGGUGCUGGAGAUGAUGAUGACGAAGAAGAUAUCAAAUCCGCCUUCUUGGUUACUCCUCAACAGUCGUCGUGUUUGGAACAUGUGGAAACUUCCAGUACUGCGCACUUUCAUCCCUCAAGCACAGAACAACGUAGACGAAUGAGUAUGCAGUCCAGCUUAAAACUGCUACAGGAGCUCGUCUUGCAGAACCAGGAGAAGAGAAUAGGAAGAGAAAGAAAGGUAGUCGGCAGUCAUCAGCCCUUACAUCAGCAGCAUAGUCACCACCUUCAUCAUCAAAAAACCUCGAAAGCAGCGGUUUUGAGGGAUGGUGCAGCGUUAAUUCGAUCCCAGAGAGCCACUCGUGAUCAGCUGGAUGCGGAAAUUACUAGGCUUCGGGCGGAGCUGGAUAGUCUACAGGAGUCAGUUAACGCAUGUUGCGACAAGCUGCCCACAUCGGGUGUCAUGUCAAAGCAGCAAGUGAAGAGCGUAAAAAAUGGGGCGCACGCCUGGUUCCACGAGCUUGUGGCCAGAAGGACACAGGUCAACUGGAAGUUUUACGUUUUCAGCCUCAUUUUCACGGAUGUCUUCGACACCUACUGUGAGAAAGUGUGGGGCUCAACUUCUCACGAAGUUCUUCGGCGAUCCACAGUUAGCUGGUUGGAGGAUCACUGCGAUUUGCCACAGUUGCGAAAGUGUAAGUCAUUAUCACUCCUUGCCUUCUCUCAAAUCAUCUACAGAGUUUUUUCGUUUUACGCAGGUUAG